CAAAUAAAACUACACAACUCAUCUCAGAACUUGUAGGGAGCACAACUGUGCUACUCAGUUUACAUUUUUGAAAAGUCUGCAUGUUGAGGAUUAUCGUUCUGGUUCUGUUUAACGGAAACUAUUUGUUUUUUUUUGGAGGCAGCGACUAGGAGUUGACUAGGAACAUGACUUUACCUGGAUUUUCGAUUUUUGUUCUGGCUUUAUUCUGCUUCUUGUCUGUCUGCAGCAGGCCGACAGGUCUCCACCUGCGCAACAUGGACAGCUUCAUCCGCGCUGUGCAGCAGGUUGAGGAGUCCGACCCUGGUCUGUCCCCCCUGACUCUGGUCAGGGCCCUGCGGAGGACCGCUGGCCACGACGAUGCGAUGACCAUCCAUUUCUUGGGUGCGUCCUACAAUCUCAUUGAUGCUGAGGUCCUAGAGACAUCCAUUCUCAAUGCCUCAUCCUUCAGCUUUUUUGACAAGGCCAUCCACCAUAUUGUGACAGACCAAGGAGAGGAACGAGGGGUGGUUCUCGCUCCGGAUGGCACCACAGUAGCCCUCGCACCCUUACUGCUAGGAAUCGAGUCAGGACUUAAAGCAAAGAUUGAAGGGAAGCCAGCGGCUGGAAUCUUUCCUCUCACCUUAGGCAGGACGCUGGGCCUGUCCUUCCUCAGCCUCCAGGACUUCCCACCACCUUAUCGCCUGGGGCCUAACGGAUGCUGGGACAGUGUGGACCACCCUAAGGUGUUCAAACUGUCUCGGCCUGCCACUCUGGCCACGGAUGCUGUGAUUAAUGGGGGCAUGGAUGGAACUAUACUGGGCACAGACCUCAGCAACCUAAGUGGAUCUGAGCAGCCGCCGGCCCUCAGUGAAAUUUUGAAAGGAUACUAUAGUUAUAUUUUGCAUGAGGGGCAGGGUCUUGAUGCAGUGACCAACCAUGUUAGCCCAAGGCGAAGGGAGAUCUCUAGAUCCAUUCUGGAGCCACUUGAACUUCACAUCCAGAUAAUGGAGACACUAGCAUUGGUCUGGAAGCUGGAGAAGACAGAAUGGAUCGCUAUGGACACUGGAGUUGGGAAGGCGGUGAGGGAUGGAUUGCAGGCAUUUGUGCACAAGUACUGGGACUGCCCUCAAAUCAUCUCUCGCUGUCAGUGGGGGGCAGAAGCCUACAAGGGUACACCUAUCCCAUUGUCUCUGCCCCUCCAAUUUCUGUAUGUUCACCACACCUAUGAGCCAUCCUCGCCCUGUUUAUCCUUCCCAAAGUGCUCUCGCGACAUGAGAGCCAUGCAGCAUUUCCACCAGGAAGUCCGCGGUUGGAGCGACAUAGGAUACAGCUUUGUCGUGGGCUCUGACGGCUACGUCUAUGAAGGGAGAGGUUGGAGCCUCCUUGGCACACACACCAGGGGGCACAAUGACAUCGGGUAUGGCGUGUCAAUCAUCGGUAACUACACUGCCACCCUGCCGUCUCGCCAUGCCAUGGACCUGUUGCGCAAUCGUCUAGUGCGAUGUGCAGUAGCUGGAGGAGGACUGGCUGCCAACUUCACCAUCCAUGGCCACAGACAGGUGGUGAACUACACCGCCUGCCCAGGAGAGGCCUUCUUUUCGGAAAUAAGGAGCUGGGAACACUUCAGGGAUUGAUAGGACCCCCACCGCCAGUUUGGGAUUCUUACACUUACAUUUAUUAAUGGUUCUUCAGGGUAUGAUAACUGUUCACAUUCCCUAAUUUUUUUAAUUUUCUUAUUUUUUUUUUUUUUUCCCUAAUUGAGUUUCACUGAAUGAAAUUGAUCUUGAGUUAAUCCUCCAGACUCUGGACUAGUUUAUAAUUUUAAUGUAGAUGACUCAGUUCAGAUCCACCCAUUCCAGUGCAGGAUUCAUUAAAAUCUGGUCAACCAAGUGGAUCUCUCUGGUCAUCCUCACAUGUGGGGCACCUGGGGUUUAAUGGUGAGACUCAGGCGCUUUGAAGGUCAUUCAGUUUUUGGCCUCCUGAAAGGACGUUAGGACUAAGAUGAGUUUACAUCCAGUAAACAUCAGAGGUACAGCGAUCCUCAGGAUGUCAUGUAGGGUGUACCAUCUUGAUUCGCCAGCAGUUUAAUAUGUGGAGUUUAUUCACCUUUUUAACCAAAUCUUCACAAUAUGGAACUUUGAAUUUUUGAAUAAUAGCAAGCAGUAUGAAACGUACAGAACGUGAUAGAGUGUUUUAAGACGAACAAAGCAUAAAUAGAUGUAUUUCUGGUGAAUUGCUCACUGGGGAGGUUUUAAGAACCUUCCAAUUUAUCAAUGUAUUCAUCGUCAGGGGUGUAUGAAUGUACAAACUUCGUUCCAAGUCCCAAGUAGGUGGGCCAAAGAUAAAAAAACAAAAACAAAAGAGCACUUAAGAAUCUCAGUCUUAUUGCACAAUCAUCUUAUUUCUCCUUUUAUGAUUUUACAGGAAACUGACUCUUCAAAACCAGAACAAUAAAGACGCUGGCCAACUGCAAUAAAUGCAUUUGUUGCUAUCAUCUGUCUUGUUCAUUUGCAUCACGUCUUCCACCAGCAGGAUUCAUUGCCAGGUACACUUAGUAAAGCUGAAAGAAGCACAGACAGAUGUCAUGACCAAAGAGCAUUUGACAAACAUUUUGCAAUAUUAAUGUUGAUUCAAACUGUGUAGUGAUUGUUUCACCACAGCAUUAACUUUACAAAACAAACUAUGAAACCUUAAAUGACUGACAUUGUACAUUUUCAGUUAAAUUCACAGACGUCCAACUUGACUCCAAUCAGUGACUUUUCCUCAAAAGGGUCAGCAGCACUUUCACAGGGUGAAAUGUCUGACUUGUUAAUUUCUAAUUUUGUCAUAAUUUAAUAGCAUUUUACGAAUGAUCAUUGACUGAGUUUAUCCAAACA